AUGAUCUACGCACUUAUCAACUUCAACAAACUCAACCUCUCCACACUGAACUUCAACUGCCUUGGUUUCGUUCAUGAAAAAUAUCAAUGCAAGAGGACAAUCACAAUCGCAGCCAACGAAAAAGCCAAGCGAAUCUUACAAAAUCUUGAACUCAAGGGCAAGAAGAAGUCAAUCUGCUGUUCAAUCAUCCUUCUCGCCGAUGCUUGCAUUUGUCAAGAGCAUCCUCGUCGUCCGACUGCAAUCGUCUAUGCCGCUACCGGAUGGCUGGCAGACUUAUCGAUCACCUUGGGAGAAGAAAUCAAGCUAGCAGAGUGCAGCAAGUGUAACGUAGUCACUACGUUCACUAACAAGGACAACACAACACCGGUAACACAGGAUAAGAAGGUCACCUCGUGCUUUCAGAAGUUCUUGUCACAAACCCAACAACUGGAGGAAACAAUCAUAGAUCUGAGAAGCGACAAUACCAAGCUCGAAGGUGCAAACAGUCAGCUUGUGCAGAAUAUUCAGACGCUUACACUGGUCGAAAACGAUCAAUCCUAUGUCCUUCAACAAGAUGAACAUGAGAUCCGUCGCUUGCUGAGUGUAAUCACAGCGAAAGAUGCUUCUUUGUCCUAUCUUACUCGUCAGUUGACUUCAUCAUACGACGAGUGCUAUCAUCUUCAGUCAUAUGUUGAUGAACUCGCAGCUCGAUUGGCAAACUCCGAAGGUAUGGCCAACGAACAAAGAGCCACCAUCUCUGCACUCCAAGUCAAAAUUGCUCUGCUGGAAGAGGGGCUAACAUUAGCCGGGCUUGACGCGACCGACCCAAUCGCACUGCUUGAGAAUGCCCUCGAAGCAUACCAAGAGAGGGUCAAUCAAGCAGAAGAUACCAACGAUCCACUGAAUACCCAUAUGCAUCAGCUGAAGAUGGAGACGACCGGAUUGCAGGGACCUGUCCAGCACGAAGAAAUCAUCAUCAUGGAUGUCAAUAUUCGCUUGCCUGCGAUUGUUCAUGAAGCUUCUGCUUCGCCCGAGAACAGCUCGUGGCUCUCGAUCCCAGGUCUAGGGAAUAGCAGACCACUGACCCCUCCACAAAGUUCUUGCAGCAGCAGACAAGAUACACCACAAAGAGAUUGA